AUGACCGGCGCAAGAUCUGUGUCGUCUCCGAGCUUGCUAGGCAGCUCACAUGCACAAGGCGAGAAGGAGUCCUCGAAGUCCGUGAAAGCGCCUCAGAGCCUGCUGUCCCUUGUUUCGGUCGAAGGAAACCGGAGGCCCUCCAUCCUCCGCCGCAGAUCGUCUUGGGGUGCACGGCCCAUGCUGGCUGAUGCCAUGUCGAAGAUGCAGAUGCACCCUGGUAUGUAG